AUGAGAGCUUUGGAGGUCCUCACUCGCUCGAAGAAAAGCCGUACGCCGUCCCCCCUUCCUCCUUCGAAAGCGUGUCUACCCCCGGCCUCCGAAGCCAAAUCCCCUCAAAUACUGCCGCCAGCCUCGCCGCAACUCCCUCCGCCGUCCCCGCGCCUUCAGCCGCACCCCACGGGCAUCAUGACGCGCGAGGAGGUUGAGGUACGCGCGCUUGGCGUCAGCGCGUAUCCCGGAUCGCGAGAACUACCGUUCCAACCAGGCGCGCGAUCCGGUUUGUCGAUUGACAAAGCGGGCACCGAUUAUUCCGGCGUGAUGGUCCAUGUGCCGAAAGACUGUUCCUCCACGAACGAGUUACAACAGCACCGCGACAACCUUGCGAAACUCGCGCCAGAGCUCGUCGCUCCCCCCCCUCCGCCCAAGGUUCCCGUUGUAUCUGCGGAGGACCUUUCCGAACUUGAAAUUGCCGCGAUCUUGGCGGAUUGCCGCUCCGCUGACACCUCACGGAGGCUCCACGGUGCAAGGACGCUGCGCGCGCUCUCGAAGGAAUCCGAUGCGCACCGCACGUUGCUUGUCGCGGCUGAGGGCGUCGUCGACGAAUUGGUCGAUCUACUAUCGGAGCCGAGCGACGGCGUUUCGGAAGAAGCGGUGAUUGCUCUCUUGAAUCUUACCACAAAUGAUUCCAAUAGGCGGCUCCUCCCGUCUAAGAUUCUCAACCCUCUCGUCCGCGCGCUUGCCAGCGCUGCUCAACCCAUGGUUGUUCGUGAAACCGCUGCCGCCGCCAUUUUCAGUCUCUCGGUGGAGGACGACGUUAAAGUGGCUGCUGGCGACGCGGGCGCCGUUGCUAACUUAGUCGAGGUCCUGCGGUUCGGUUCGCAACAGGGUAAACGCGACGCGUGUAAAGCACUCUUUAAUCUCUCCAUGGCUGGUUGCAAUAAGACGCGCGUUCUGGAAGCGAGCGGUGUGCCGGCCUUGGUGGAGCUUCUUACCCAUUCCAACAGCGGAACCGCAGAGAAGGCGGCGGCCGUGCUGGCGAAUGUGGUAACGUUGGAGGCGGGACGCGACGCGGUGAUGGAGGAGGAGGAUGCGGUGCUGCAUCUGGUGGAGAUUCUCGAGGCGGGCACGCCACGAGGCAAGGAGCAUGCAACGGUGGUGUUGUUUCAGCUCGCGUACCACAGCGAAGCGCAUCGGACGGCCAUCCUUAUGGAGGUGGUGAUUCCGCCGCUCGUUGGGAUCACGCAGACGGGCACGGCUCGUGCACGAGAGAAGGCGAAGCAACUGCUGUCUAUUCUCCGGAAAACUGGUUGA